AUGGCAUUUAUAUUCUCUGUCUUAGUGGUAUCUUUGGCUGUGGUCAACCCGACGUUCGCUCAGAGCGUUGAUGGUUCGAAAUAUAACAACCCCACUGCUGGACCUCCUGCAAGCUACUUUGCGGCUGCCACGUCUAUCCCCGUUGCUGCUUUGAAGAGUGCUGCUGCCAAAGCUAGCACGGCUGCAAAAGAUGCAACCUAUCCUAUUAAUAAUAGCGGUGGUGCUGCUAAAGUUACGAUUCACAGUGAUUGGUCCAAGUUCAGCGAGGGUGCUGCCUUUGUUUGGGUUGCCGAUAUGGAUGUUGACUGCGAUGGUAUCGAUUAUAAGUGCAAGGGAAACCAAGACGGACAGUCUGAGACCAAUUUCGGUGCUCUGGCCGCCUAUGAGGUCCCGUGGAUUGUGAUACCCGACAAGUUUGGCACUACUUAUCAGAGUGUUCUUCCAGGAAAUAACGUUGGUGCGGUGAUUUGCGAUGGAAAGAUGUUUUAUGGUAUUUACGGUGACUCUGAUGGCGAUGAUCCCGAGGUCAUUGGAGAGGCUUCGUGGCUCAUGGCCAGGACGUGCUUUCCCAACGAUGAUUUGAAUGGAAACGCCGGUCAUGGUAGCGUCGAUGUGACAUACAUCUUAUUUACGGGUAAAGACGCCAUACUCCCAAGCAGUGCGCUCAACAAGAACUAUAUCACCAACUUCAGCACUCUGCGGUCUAUGGGUGAUAGCUUAAUGGGCUCCCUUGCGAAGAAUUUGGGCUUGUCUGGUGGCUCUGGGACAUCAACUACCACUGGCUCUUCUCCUACGACUACAUGCUCUUGGUCCGGUCAUUGCUUGGGCGCCUCUUGCUCUACUGAAAAUGAUUGCUCUGAUGAUCUUGUUUGCAAGAGUGGAGAGUGUGCCAACCCUUAA